AUGCAAUCGAUAGUCCUACUGAAGGUCUGUAAAGACCCCUGUCGGUCCAUGGAAAAAUUAUUCCGAACACGG